AUGUCAAGCAAGUCGGCGUCUGGACCUGAUGCUAAGUAUGAGCUCGGAUCAAGGUUAUCGUAUGACGGCGCGUUAUGUACGGUCCGAUAUAUCGGGGACGUUCAGGACACCAAAGGCCAGUGGCUAGGAGUUGAAUGGGACGAGCCAGCGAGGGGCAAACACUCAGGAGCACACCAGGACGUGAGAUACUUUCAAUGCAAAAGUAAACAUCCAACGGCGGGCUCAUUUGUCCGUCCGGGAAGACCAUCAGACAAGCCCCUGAGCUUCCUAGAAGGAGCUCACGAGAAAUAUGUAUCCGAGCUGCCUGCAUUUUACUCUUCUUCCAAAGGAGACCGUGUGAUAGAGCAGUUGAUGUCCAAACCAAUUGAAAUCAGCGGCAAGAUCGUGGAAGAGCUGGGGUUCGAUGAGAUUCGGAAACAGCUUGCCGCGCUAAAUGAGCUUCGAAUCAUCAUCCUUGACGGCUUGCGUAUGAAUGGCGUGCUAUCCGGACCAUCUAGUCCUGACGAAAGAGAAAAGGAGCUUGAGAAAAUCAAGAAGACGUGCCCGAAGGUUGUGGAGCUUGACUUGAGUCGCAAUCUUCUACGCAGAUGGUGUGAAAUAGCCGAUAUCUGCAAACAGCUACCUGAGCUGAAGUCAUUGAAAUUGGAUGGGAAUCGUCUUGAGGACGUUGAGAGCUGCUCUGUCGAUAUCAUUUCCUACACGGUUAACGGUGUAUCCCUGGAUUCAACUUUGAUGUCAUGGAAGGAGAUUGCCUUACUAUCUCACAAAUUACCUUCUCUCACCAGCAUAUCCUUGUCGACAAAUGAACUAUUAUCCACGACAGCUACGCUCUCUACCACAAUACAAGAGCUAUCUAUGGAAUUCAACGGAUUUGAAUCUUUAGACAGUCUACGCCAUCUCACCACACUACCCAGCCUUCGCCGUCUCUGUCUUCGGUCCAACAAGAUCAGCAAGGUUUAUUCAUCCUCACCCUCAGAGUUGGUCUUCUCUCCAACUCUAGAUUUCGUAGAUAUAUCACGAAAUCAAAUACCAUCAUGGGAUUUUGUAGACGCCCUACAAACGGUAUUUCCUGGCCUCACAGGUCUACGUAUCUCAGACAACCCAUUAUACAAUCAACCGCCAGCCCCAACAAAGGUUACUGGUUUGCAAGAACAGCCGAUGACAGUGGACGAAGCCUUCAUGUUGACGCUCUCGCGCCUCUCUAACCUGAAGAUUUUGAAUUAUGGAAAGGUCACGCCUCUUGAUCGCCUGAACGGGGAGCUUUAUUACCUUUCCUUAAUUCGAAAGGAGCUACUUGCGCACCCAGUCAGUAUGGAGCAGGAUAUCCUCAAGACACACCCGCGCUACAAGGAACUCUGCAAAGUAUAUGAGACGCCCGAAAUCCAACGGACGGCCAAGGAUAAUCAUCCUAACGCCGUAGACCCUCGGUCGUUGGCGGCACAGCUAAUAAACUUCAAAUUCCACCUCAACAAGGCAAAACAGGAGGAUGACACCGCGGUCUCUGAUGAGUUUGAGAAAGAGAUACCAAAAUCAUUCGAUGUGUAUCGCAUCAAGGCUAUUGUAGCUCGACACUUCUCUCUGCCGCCUCUUCGGUUUAAAUUGAUUUGGGAAACGGACGAAUGGGACCCUGUGGAAGAAGGAACCGCGGAAGAAGAUGAGUGGGAUAGCGACGAUGAAGGCGAAUUCCAACCAGACGAGCCUAGAGACAGCAAGCUAGUACGGGAAGCCAGCGGGAAACAGUUCAUCAGGCGAGAGGAGGAGCUAAUAGACUCGACGAGGGAGGUUAGCCACUGGUUCCCCAGCGAUACGAUGGAAGUAAACCCCAAAUACUGGUGUAAACACUGCAAGAUCUUCGUUCGCGACACACCCUACGAACGGACACAACACGAGUCUACAGGAAAGCAUCAAGGCAGCUUAAAGCGUUUCCUACGAGAUGUGCACAGAGAUCAAGAGCGCGGAGAGAAGGAAAGCCAGAGAGCGAAGAGCGAAGUUGAACGGCUAAAGGGGAUAGUAUCCAACUCCGGCUCUUCCUCUGGCCCAAAACGAGCCCAAAACGACCCGUCAUGGAGAAAGGGGACAGGGGCAAACGCUACAGGAUUAACACAGGACAGAAUGAAACAGGUAUCGCAAUUGGCGGAGAUGGGAGUUGCGGUUCCCGAAGAGUUUAGGCCCGACAUGGCGCUGGCUGGAGACUGGAAGGUCGUCUCGGAGACACCUAUUGACGAGACGGGUGCUGACACCACGGUCAAGAAUAUUGGCGUCCGAAAACGAAAGCUACGAGAAGAAGACCAGGAAGAAGCGGACAUACAGCAGGAGGUGGUGAGGAAGGCAUGGGGCUCAGCGAUCCGCGAGUAUCCUGGCAGCAGGACAGGAGGAGCUGGCGAUGACGACUCUGCGGACCUUGACGCUCUAUUAAACAUGACUACAAAUUUGAAGAAGGAGAAGAAAGUGAAGGCCGAAGUCAAGGAUGAGCCUGAACCGAGUGGUAGACAAGAGCCGCCUAUCAAGAGGGAAGAAGAUGAUGAUGAUGUAGGGGAUACAUCUGCUAAGCAGGAGGACACUCUACCUAAUAUUAAGGAAGAGGAAAGGCCUGACCUACCAGAUGAGGCAGAGAGCGCAGCUCCAGCGGUUAUGUUUAAGAAACGGAAGCCAAAGAAUAUAAAGCGGUAG